UCACCUCCCCCUCUGGCUCUGACUGUUGCAUCCUUUAUAAAGCCUGACUCUUCCAUCACCCCCACUUGCCCCUCACUGCUGCUGCCAACUCUGGGCUCCAUGGACUGGUCCCACCUGAGGUGCCCUUGACUAUCCCUGUCCCCCAUCCCACCCCUGAUCCCGGCAAUGCUAACCGCCGUCUGCGGCUCUCUGGGCAGCCAGCACACGGACGCGCCUGCCGCCUCCCCGCCGCGCCUCGACCUGCAGCCUCUCCAAACAUACCAGGGCCACACGAGCCCGGAGGCCGGGGACUACCCCUCCCCGCUGCAGCCUGGAGAGCUGCAGAGCCUCCCGCUGGGCCCCGAGGUGGACUUCUCUCAGGGCUAUGAGCUGCCGGGGGCCUCCUCUCGGGUAACCUGCGAGGACCUGGAAAACGACAGCCCCUUGGUCCCGGGACCCUUUUCCAAGCUCCUGCAGCCGGACAUGUCACACCAUUACGAAUCGUGGUUCCGGCCGACACACCCAGGCACCGAGGAUGGCUCGUGGUGGGACCUUCAUCCGGGUACCAGCUGGAUGGACCUCCCCCACGCUCAGAGCGCGCUGACCUCACCUGGCCACCCCGGGGCGCUUCAGGCUGGCUUGGGGGGCUACGUCGGAGACCACCAGCUCUGCGCCCCGCCGCCGCACCCACACCCGCACCACCUCCUCCCAGCCGCCGGAGGGCAGCACCUCCUGGGGCCUCCCGACGGGGCGAAGGCAUUGGAAGCGGCCGCCCCAGAGUCCCAGGGCCUGGAUACCAGUCUGGACGGGGCGGCCCGGCCCAAAGGCUCCCGGCGGUCGGUGCCCCGCAGCUCAGGCCAGACCGUUUGCCGCUGUCCCAACUGCCUGGAGGCGGAGCGACUGGGGGCUCCAUGCGGGCCCGAUGGGGGCAAGAAGAAGCAUUUGCACAAUUGCCACAUCCCCGGCUGUGGGAAAGCUUACGCCAAGACGUCACACCUGAAGGCGCACCUGCGCUGGCAUAGCGGCGACCGUCCCUUCGUGUGCAACUGGCUCUUCUGCGGCAAGCGCUUCACGCGCUCUGACGAGCUGCAGCGCCAUCUCCAGACCCACACCGGCACCAAGAAGUUCCCCUGCGCCGUCUGCAGCCGGGUCUUCAUGCGCAGCGACCACCUGGCCAAACACAUGAAAACCCACGAGGGCACCAAGGAGGAGGCAGCCGGGGCGGCUGUGGUAGAGGGCAAGGCUGGCGGAGUGGAGCCCCCCGGGGGCAAAGGCAAGCGUGAGGCCGAGGGCGGCGCGGCUCCCUCCAACUGAGCUCCCCCGUCCUGCCUCCCCGCUGGUCUUCAUCAGAAGAGAGCCCUCGGGCCUGAUGCCCUGGGGGGGGGGGGGGGGGGGGGCUUGAGUAAGAGGAGAAAGUGGUUAUUUAUUGAGAGGCAGGAAAAGUGGUGUGGGGGUCAGGGAACCGGGGCGCUAGGGGUUUCGCAGUCUCUGGAGCUGGACAGGACAGGCGCGUUUGACUGUUUUGACUGGGCAGGGAGGAGCUGCGCAUGCCGGUCAGUUCUCCCCUUCCUCUCUAUUUCACUCCUGCCCCUGGGCUGGAGGCUGGGGAGGGAUACCCCUGUGGCGGCUGGAGGGCGGAGGGCACAGGUCGGACGGCGUGUCCUGGGAGCAGAGGGGAGUGGGGCCGCCCCGGGCGCUGGGGAUAGCUGUCCGGACACGUCCUUAGCGCCUGGGAACUGGGACAUAAAAGGGCCUCCAGAGCCGCCCUGCGCCCCGGGUCCCUUUCAUCCCCCUUAGAUUGCUUUUACCCCAGGGUUUCCGGAGGGAAAGCUGAGAUGGGGUAUCAGAGGCUGGGGGUCCCCCUAAGGGAGGAGAUUCUAUCUGGCUAGGAGGGUUGUCGCCACAGAAGUAAACGCCUUUGAUGUGCCUCCUUAUUAAGCCUUCCAGACCCAGUCUGAUGGAGCCAUGAAGGAAGAGGGGAAGAGGGCCAGAAUCCAGCAAGCUUCCAGCAAGACCAGUGGGGUGGAGGAGACAGCUUGAUGUGGGGGUUAAGCAAGGAAGUCUCUUCUAAAAAACAGGAGAAAGGAAUUCGGUCAGGGAGUGGAACUAAGCCUUUCCCUCUCUAACUCUGAUUCAGACCUUAACUUCUGGUCUUUAUAAAAAUAAAAUUCAGUAGCCCACUCUGGUCUGUCACCCCAGGUAGGGCUUCAAGGCAGCCAGGAGCCCCUGCUCCAGAAUUGAUGUAGUUCCGCACCCUAGGUCCCUCGGCAUUUGCCUUCUCCUUAGGGAAAGAAGGAAGAGGCUUAUCUUGGCUGCGUGGGGUUAGGUGGGAAUGUCCACCUCCAACUGUUUGGCUCUGAGUGGAGAAGUCUGUCCCUGCCUGGCCAUCUUCUCUUCUCUGCUUCUUAGGGGAGAAGCUAAGCCCCACUAUUUCUUUAGCUCGACCCUUCCCCUUUCCUGAUGCCUACCAGCCUUGCUCCUCCUGUAGAGUGUGUUAGGAGGCUCCUCUUCCAAAUGAAGAGGUUCUCUCGUUGGAAGGGGUCUGCCUUCUGAGGCGAUGUCCAGGAAUCAUCCCUGUUCCCUUCUUUAGAUGCUAGAAAUACAUCCUGAUGGUGAUCCUGGAGUGGGGAACGUGGGGCAGGGGGAAGCCAGCAGAGGCUGAGCCAGGCACUUGGAAGGAAGCUGAUGGGGGAAGGGUCUGGUGGGCCAUAGGACCCUGGAGCUAGUGGACUUUCCCAGGCUCCAGAUAGAGGUUUUAAGGUUUCCCCUGACCUCCCUUUUCCCUGCCCUUCUUUCUCCACCCUAUGCAAGGGUUAGUUGUGUAUUGAUUUUUUAAGUUAUAAGCAAAGGGUAUUUUAUUUAAUAUUAGGACAUGUGUGUGCAUGUUGUGUGUACCUAUGUAUGUGUGUAUUUCUGUGUGUAUGUGUGUUUCUCUACUGAGCCUGGGGUCUCCAGCCAGGGAGACCCCGUCUUGUUCAACCCAGCCAAGGUCCUCUGGCCUAAGGCCCAUAGCAUCUUUUCCUUGGGGAUGCUGGAGCCCAGUCCAAGGACUGGGUGCUUUUUGGGAAGUGGGGCUGAAAUCUGGGGGGGAAUAUGUUUGUGUAGAAGAGAGCCCUUCGUAUGAGGGAUAGGGUGACUCUCCCUGAAGGGCCCAUGGGGUAGGUUCAGAAGUCACGUCCUGUCUUUAUGCUCCCUCUGUCCCUACCUCCUGCUUAUCUGACCAGAGGUCCCUUUCCUUGUGGAGAGAGUUGGGGGCAGCAGAGAAUGGGCAGUGCCUGCAGGCUGCCUGGCCCGGUGGACAAGGGGUAGGGAGAGAGGGUUCCGUGGGUGUGAGAUGCCGUUUUCCUCCACCCAUCGAAACCAGCCACCCCCUCCCUGUGCCACCAGGACAGUCUUUCCCAGUGACCAUUCUCAGGGGAACUCCCUAGUGGGUGUUGGGGAGGGGGUGUGGAUAUUCCCCCCAUGGAGGCCCCGAGCUCUAAGGUGUGCGGGUGAGGGCUUUGGAUAGGUUUUCUUCUCCCCUCUUUUAUAGACCAAGGUUGCUUGGCUGUCUGCCCCCUUUUAGGCAGCCCCCUAGAGGAGAAAUGUAGGAUUUUUUUUUUUUUUUCUUUAACUGCUGUGAACCCACUUUAGGGGGGUGGGGGGGAGGAGGAGGAAGAAGAAGCGGCCUGUGUUUUUUAUGCCAUAAUAAAGUCAUCAACCACA